GGCCGCGGAGGAGGCGGCGGUACCUUGGACAGAGCCGCCGCGACUCGCAGAGCCCGCCCGGCGGCCGCUGCGGAGCUCCCCGACGAGCAGAACUGAGGCAUCAGGCUCCAUAAGUGCCCCCAAGUGACUUCAAUUUCUGUCCUCAACGAAAGAUACCAAAAGAAAUGCAGGAAUGCCUGACCUAGAAAAAAACAUGCAGAAGAACAAGAAAGAUUCAAGCAGUAAAGAUGAAAGAGAAGUGCCAAAACUUCCAGUUCCACCACUGCAACAGACCUUACACAUGUACCUACAGUGCAUGAAACACUUGGUGCCAGAGGAGCAAUUUAAAAAGACCAAGGCCAUUGUGGAGAAAUUUGGAAUUGCAGGAGGCCUGGGGGAAUCUUUGCAGCAAAUGCUUGAGGAAAGAAGUGAAAAGACAGUAAACUGGGUGUUUAACUACUGGCUGGAUGACAUGUACCUCAACAACCGCCUGGCUCUCCCAGUCAAUUCCAGCCCCGCAAUUAUCUUUGCUCGUCAGUAUUUCAAGGACAUAAACGACCAGCUGAGGUUUGCUGCCAAUCUCAUUUCAGGAGUGCAAGACUACAAAGCUUUACUGGACACCCAUGCUUUACCUACUGAUUUUUCUCGUGGACAGCUGUCUGGCCAUCCUCUCUGCAUGAAGCAAUACUAUGGACUCUUUUCCUCCUAUCGUCUUCCAGGACUUACCAAAGAUACCCUCGUGGCCCAGAAAAGCAAUGUAAUGCCAGAACCAGAGCACAUCAUUGUUGCUUGCAACAAUCAGUUUUUUGUUUUGGAUGUUGUCAUUAAUUUCCGUCGUCUCAGUGAGGGAGAUCUUUUCACUCAGUUACAAAAGAUAGCAAAAAUGGCAGAGAAUGAAGAGGAAAUGCUGCCUCCAAUUGGCCUGCUGACAACAGACGGAAGAACAGAGUGGGCAGAGGCCAGGAUGACCCUUAUGAAAGACUCCACCAACCGCGACUCUCUAGACAUGAUUGAACGGUGCAUAUGCCUGGUGUGCCUGGACAGCCCCAGUGGGGUGGAGCUCAACAACACAAACAUGGCAUUGCACAUGCUGCAUGGAGGAGGCUACCAUAAAAACGGGGCCAAUCGUUGGUAUGACAAGCCUAUGCAGUUUGUGGUAGGAAGAGACGGGCUCUGCGGGACCGUGUGCGAACACUCCCCUUUCGAUGGCAUCGUAAUGGUGCAGUGUGCUGAAUACCUGCUCAGGCACAUGAAAGAAAGUUCCAAGAAAUUAGUCCGAGCUGAUUCAGUGAGCGAGCUUCCUGCUCCACGGAGACUAAGAUGGAAGUGUUCCCCUGACAUUCAGACACAUUUGGCAUCAGCAGCAGAAAAACUCCAAAGGGCAGUGGAAAAUCUGGAUUUUAUAGCCUACAAAUUUGAGCACUAUGGAAAGGAAUUCAUUAAGAAACAGAAGAUUAGCCCAGAUGCCUAUAUUCAAGUAGCACUUCAGCUGGCAUUCUACAGGUGCCACAGGAGGCUUGUCCCCACCUAUGAAAGUGCUUCCCUGCGCCGAUUUGAUGAGGGCCGGGUGGACAAUAUUAGGUCUGCUACCUCUGAAGCAUUGGCUUUUGUCAAAGCAAUGGCAGGUGACAAGGCAGCUGUGUCGGAUUCUGAGAAGAUGCAGAAAUUUAAGGAUGCAAUUGCAGCCCAGACUAAUUACUCUGUUCUGGCUGUUACUGGAAUGGCAAUAGACAAUCACCUGCUAGGGCUCAGAGAGGUGGCACGGGAACACUUCAAGGAACUGCCAGAGAUAUUUACAGAUGAGACUUAUCUGACCAGCAAUCGAUUCAUCCUCUCAACAAGCCAGGUUCCUACUACUAUGGAAAUGUUCUGCUGCUAUGGGCCUGUGGUGCCCAAUGGAUAUGGGGCAUGCUACAACCCUCAGCCAGAGCAUUUAUUGUUCUGCAUCUCAAGCUUCAAAGAAUGUAAGGAAACCUCCUCAGACAUGUUUGCAAAAGCUGUGGAACAAAGUCUCCUAACAAUGAGAGAUCUGUGCAACAAAUGCAGUUCUGCUACAGCAAAGCCACCUGCCAAACAAGAUGCAGCCACCCAGCUGCAGUGACCGCCAGCGCUAAGAGGCUGUGGGAGUUAUUCUCCUGAAUCCACCCUAGGAGGGAAUAUGACAUAGCUGCUCAAAGGCAAGACAAUACUAGUAAUAUAAUAGUGUAGAACCAAAGUGUCAUUUGUUUCUCAUUGUGGCCAACAUUUACAACUCUGUGUACUAAAUCUAUCAUUUCUUGCUUACGAGUCAGCAAAAAAGAUUUGGUCUCGCUGACUGAAAUGAAGGAAGAAGUCAUAUAAGUAUGUGUUGUAUUACCAUUUCUACCCAUAAUUACCUUGUGUCAUUUUAUCACCUAAAAAAUGGAGUAAGCUAUAUGCGUAUGACAUAAAUUAAAUACUAAGGAACACUAAUUAAUUCAUAUCCCCUACUAGUAGUUCUAAAAUAUUCACAUUUAUUACUACAUGAUUUGCAUGUAAUGAAAAAAAGAAAUUUCCCCUAUUGAGAAUUUUGAGAGUAACACUGUAAAUAAUAGGCUGAUACCAUUAUAUCCUGAACUUUUGCAUGAAGAGUAUUUAAUACCACCAAUCUAUUUACUAUAUAAGAAAAACUGAUUAUUUUUUAAAGAGCAGCCCCUGUACAUUUCCGCAGAGUUUAGGAACAUAACAUAAGUGUUUGCAUGUUUCCCCCAAUUCAA